GGCUAGAAAAUUCUUGUCACUCAUUCCCAAUCCACUUUCCAUCUCCUGAUCACUUUAAAUCUACAAUUCAAAGCUCCAUUAUUCUCAUUCCAACUCCGAAAUGAAGUUCUUGAGCGGAAUCUCUCUCACUCUGGGCAUCUUGGCCAGUGGUGUGGCGGCUUUACCUCCCGUUGAGACGGUGACAGUCCAACUCGCCAAUGAACAGUCUGGCGCCCACGCCAAUGUCAAAAUCCCAACUGACAACUCGCCCCACCCCAUCUCAGCCCUCUGGGGCCAUACUGCUGUGGCUGCAGAAGGUGUUGUUUCCGCCUCGAGCGCCCAGCUCAAUCAGUUCGAUCAGGACACUGUGUGCAAGAUUGUGCAAGCGCAUCCGCAUGUGGAUGCAACGUUGAACGCGAGACAGACUUGGGUGUCGUUGGCCGAUGGUAAAGUGGUGGAGUUGUCUCAUGGAUUUAUUGUCUGUCACUAGGUAUUGACUGAGACUCUUGAUGGGACUUGAUAUUGGGGGCUGUUUUGUGACGUGGGUGGGAUAUGCAUUGAUUCGGCUUAAUAUUUAUACGAGCUCCCUUUGUGCUGCGCCCCCUACAUCGUAAAUAAUCCAUGGGGUGCAUUAGCGCGAAAAUAUCAAUAAAGCC